UAUCUCGAACUAUUUGAGCAAUGAUAAUCUGCGACCUAAAGAAAAUGGAUGUUGACCGCAAGAUCUAGGAGCAAUCAUAUUCUCAGGCAGUAGGGUAAUUCAUAUAUUGAAUGCAAGCCUUAAGUUUUCUUGUGCUUUUGCAGCAGCAUGUCAAUUACAUUACAUGAACGUUCUGAGCCUUCAUUUACCAACAAUACAAAUUUGACGCCGACAAGUGGCUACUUAUCCGACCAAGAUGGCUGUAGUAACAGCCGAUAAUCAUGGGCCACUUCUGAAUGUCGCUAUGUGGAUUGUAUUGUACCCAUGAUUAUUAUGCAUUGACCAAAAUCUAUACCAAAUACGACACUCUUCGCAAAAUCCAGAUGGAUGAUUAUUUGGGUCUCAUUGCUAUGUUGUCCUCGGUCGGUCAAUGCAUAUGCACAUCGGAACAAAUUGCUCAUGGACUUGGGCAAAAACAAGAUAAUAUUCUUCAGAGUGAGCUAAAUCGCUUCUAUAUAGCUCAAUAUGCUGGUAACAUUAUGUAUAUCUCAGCAAUCUUUCUCGCCAAGAUAUCAAAUCUUUACUUCUUCGUUUGUCUCACUAGAGAAGGAAGCAAGAAACGACAAUUGAUUCAUAGAAGCAUUGUCUGGAUUGGAAUAUGGAGCUUGAUCAGUGUAAUUGUGAUCGCUCUGCAAUGCCAGCUCCCAGAUCCUUGGGUGUUUGAGUCGGGGAAAUGUAUCAAUGUUAGAGCCUUUUGGACUAUCAACGCGGUAGUGGAUUCGUUGACCCAGGUGUUCGUUGGUCUGCUUCCUGUGUAUAUUCUGAAUGUUCUGAAAAUGGAGGAUUCCAAGAAAAGAUUGACAAUACUUUUAUUCUCGCCGAACCUUUUGACCUUACCCCUUGUUAUUCUUCGCAUAAUCUAUCUUUAUAACACCAUCGAUUCUAGAAAUUAUACUUGGGAUUCAUUUAACUUGGCUUUAAUAACAAACCUGCACUCUUCCUUCACAAUUAUAUUGUCCUGUGUACCCUUCUCCAAAUCCAUUAUCGACAGCCUCGUCGUCGCAACCGCAUAUCAUAACGGACACCACAAGUGGGGGCAAACAGAUCUUACAUUAGAGGCUCUUCACGCUUUUUCAAGUGGAGGUGCAACCAGGACAACUACAAUCGUAACUGUUACUGGAGGUGAAGCACAAGAAUUGAACGAGUAUAUCAGCCGUGCCGAGAGCCAAGAACGAAUGAUCUCAGGGUCAACAAGCCCAGCUACAAGCAAAGCUGAAUGGCACUCAUAA